GAUAUUUGUGCAGUCAAUAGGUAAGUUUGUGUUAGCUAUUCGACUCAACCUUCCGUUUACUGACAAUUCUUCCAUAAUAGUCACAAUGUAGUAUGGAACCAUCCCUGGGCUGGUUUUUAGCUGGAUAUCGUGUCUUGAAAAGAUGAAGAUUUUAAAUAAGGCUGCAUUACAACACGCAGAAAAGGUUCUGUGGUCAUACUUACCAAAAGGCUUCAUGGCUUAUGGAUAUCUGUUUGCUAUGAAUAGAGACAAACGACCUACACUAGAGGUUGUUGUGGACUCCUGGCCUGAUUUUAAAACCAUCAUUUGUCGACCGCACCAAAAGAGUGAACACACCCUGCUUUAUAAUGAGGAACUGACUUUCUUCAGUACUGAUGAGAAGGUUCUUAAGAGAAUGUUGACAGAAGACAGCAUCUUAGAUUGGAAUAAAUACUUCAAAAUUGGAGGGAUUGACAUGCUUCAUACCACCAUGUUGAAGGACAUCUCUGCCACAAAAAACGUCACAAUGAGACCGUGUGGUGUAACUCACCUCCUGGAAUUACAAGACCCAAAUCACCUUCCUCACCUGACAGUGAGCAGAGAUGUGGAGGCCAGGAUCUCCUCCCUGAAUGAAUUCCAUGUCGGUUUGGUGAAUGAAACCUGGAAACGUGGAGGUGAUGAAAAUGGUUUCCAAGUAAUCAAACAUCUGAUAAGCCACUUCCCCACAUGUUGCAUCACUGAUGAAGAAGGCCGUCCAGUUUCCUGGGUGCUGCUGUAUGAUUACUGUGCCAUGGGGAUGGUGUACACCCUGCCAGAGCACAGGGGGAAGGGCUAUGCCAAGAUCCUGGUGAGCACCAUGGCAGCAAGGCUCCAUGCCCAGGGUUACCCUGUGUACUGCUACAUCGAGGAGGAGAACCAGGUCUCCUACAGGCUCUUUAAGAAACUGGGCUUUACUGAGGACCCCUCCUACAGGGCCACCUGGUUUGAGUUCAACUACUAA